ACAGCGCCCCCAAUCGAGCGUCUUCUCUCGUACCGGUUGUUUCAUUUGGCAUGCAAUUCAGCUACGCCUGUGGUGUAAUGGAGUUAAUUCUAAUCCUAGUUCUAAUCCCAUAGCAAGACCUGGGGAAAGAAGGAAAGAGAAAAAUAAAAGAGCACAACGCUCAAAGCAAAACUGAAACGCAAACACCAAAAAGCGUCACGUGUGGGCGAGGACGCGACGCGCAAACCCAACAAGUCAGCGACCCGCCAGGUGGGUGCCUGCCUGGCUAUAUAAACCAGAGGAGAUGACCGAGGAGACAGCGCCACCCAACCCGCCGCCCACGGCGCACAAUAGAAGACGCGUCCCACCGGAGAACCGGAAGAGCUGUCCCUACCCCCUUGCCAUCCGCCGCCCGCCGCCGAUGGCGUCCGCGCCCGCCCCCGGCGUGGUGGUGGUGUUCGACUUCGACCGCACCAUCAUCGACUGGGACAGCGACGACUGGGUCAUCACCAAGCUCGGCGCCGCCGACGCCUUCCGGCGCCUGCGCCCCACCAUGCAUUGGAACCCGCUCAUGGACAGGAUGAUGGCGGAGCUGCACGCGCGGGGGAAGACGGCGGAGGACAUCCGCGACUGCCUCAGGAGCGCGCCACUCGAUGCGCACGUCAUUUCCGCAAUCAAGACGGCGGCAGCGUUAGGGUGCGACCUGAAGGUGGUCAGCGACGCUAACACCUUCUUCAUCGAGACCGUCCUGGCGCACCACGGCGUGCUCGGCUGCUUCUCCGAGAUCAGCACGAACCCGGCGCGCGUCGACGCCGACGGCAGGCUCAGGAUCUCGCCGUUCCACGACUCCGCGGCCACGCCCCACGGUUGCAGCCUGUGCCCUGAGAACAUGUGCAAGGGGAAGAUAAUUGAGAAGAUCCAGGCGAUGGCCAGCACCAAGAACCAGCAUUUCAUCUACAUCGGUGAUGGGAAGGGAGAUUACUGCCCCUCCCUUAAGCUGGGUGAAGGCGACUAUGUCAUGCCAAAGGAGAACUAUCCCCUGUGGAAACUCAUCUGCAGCAACAAGCAGCUUCUUAAGGCUGAAGUUCAUCCAUGGAAUAGUGGUGAGGAACUGGAAAAGACUCUACUUAAGUUGGUCAACAAGAUGAUCACCCCACCUGCACAAGUGUCUUCAUUUGAUUGCAGCAAAUAUGAAAUGAGCAAACCAGCAUCCACUGAAGUAGGCCACCAUCAGGCCCUCCGUGUGCCACACUGAUCAGUGAUCGAUUCUUAGUUUGCAACUACAGGCAUGAGUGCCUGAUUAUUUCCGUACGCCUCCACUGAUAUAAGUCGUCAGUCUGCAUUAUUGAUAGAAGUAACAUGGCAUCGGAAAAUAUUAAUCAAAACUGAAUUGCUAGUGAAGCAGGUAACUAUGUAUCCAAGUUUCCAGAUCCGAAAUUCAGUAUAUUAAGCUUCUUAAAUAAAAGAUAAAACAGUCGAGAGAGUAACACACGGUGUAUAUGUCCUACAAAACAGGUGAUAUUUUCAGUGGUAAUAAUUCAGGAGUUUACCUUUACUGUUUCUGUUCAUCAGUACACAGAACCACCCAUAUGUUGAAUUUUCUUCUGGUCUGACCUUGUCUGUGUGGACACCAUAAGAGCCCACCAGUAGAUUUUGGAUUGCAGGAAUAAAAUGUACAGCUGAACAGGUGGAAACACAUGAAGAAAUUUUUUUAUAUUUUUGAGCAUCCGUUUUGCACCAAGAACACAUGCACAACCAUUUUUCAAUCCAGCUAACCCUGGUUCCUUCUUUACUUCCAUGACCUGGCAGUUUCCAUGUGUCCUGCAAGCUCCUGUAAUUUUCCUCCAUAUGGCUGAAUCUGCUAUCAAUUUCAUCUGAUCAGUAAGCGAUUCAGCCUCAGGAAGUUUUCCAGACUUCACAGAAUAUCAACCACACAAGCAGAGUUCCAUGGCAGGGGUAACUCUAUAGACAGUUAGACACUACUACUCAACUGUAUAAAGUAGUUCCUCGAUUUGCCAAAUUUCCCUGCACAAGUACAAGCGACAGAAAACCUACAAAUGAGAAUUCCGAUCAUAUGGGGUCUCUUCCCCUCAUCUAUUAACUGUUGGAAAGCCUCCAGUGGCUUGCAUCCAUGACCACUAUUAGAACUUAGAACAACCAAAGAUGGCCGCAUUCCAUGCAACUUCGUCAAUCAUCAAUUGUUGACUCGGAAAAAUAGCAUCUCAGCAUCUGUUAGGCUCUCACACCACAUGCAUGUCAACUAAAGCAUUGGAAUAUUUGAAUUGUUCCGAACGAAUUUGACUGCCUAUUAAUGCAGUUGGAGCCUGCAGGCUAAGGAUGCCAAAUCAGUGCA